GACGCCAUCUCGUCGAAAAGCGUCGACUAAUCUCGGAGCAAUGUCGACUGUGACCGAUCCUUGGCAGUUUGUUAAUUUCUAUUUAUUUCAUGGAUUAUUUGUACAAUGUUUGUUUAUUGUUGCAAAUUUGAGGAACAUCAUGAGGAUGUUGACGAUGAGCGUGAAAGAAAUGUAGAAUAUCGUUGCCGCGUUUCGUCUGAUAGACAUGGAAUAGAUUUUAUAAUUGAUUCAUCUCUAGUUGUUGAGCCAUUUUUCCCUGCAAGGUCCUAUGGUUUGUCUUCAGAGGUGCGUCGAAAUUAGCUUGUUUUCUCAGAGUUGACUGAGUUGGAUGUUGUUAGUUCACCUGGUGUGCACGACCCUUGAAUAAUAC